GUUUGACGAUUCACGACAACUUUCAACAACCUCGCCAACUUGCGGAUUUUCCAACAUCGAACCUUUGCAGGAGAUACGGGGGCAAGAUGUCGACAUUCGAGCCUGUCGUUGUGAUUGACGGCAAAGGACACUUGCUUGGUCGUCUUGCCAGCACAGUCGCAAAGCAACUUCUCAAUGGCCAGAAGGUUGUGGUCGUACGAACCGAAGCCCUCAACAUCUCUGGGGAAUUCUUCCGUGCCAAACUGAAGUACCAUGCCUACCUCCGCAAGAUCACCCGAUACAAUCCCACACGAGGUGGUCCCUUCCAUUUCCGAGCACCCAGCCGUAUUUUCUACAAGACUGUCCGCGGCAUGAUCCCACACAAGACUGCCCGAGGUGCUGCCGCCAUGGAGAGACUGAAGGUCUUCGAGGGUGUCCCUCCUCCAUAUGAUAAGAAGCAGCGAGUUGUUGUUCCUCAGGCCCUCCGAGUCCUCAGAUUAAAGCCUGGACGAAAAUACUGCACGGUCGGCCGUCUGGCACACGAGGUGGGCUGGAAAUACCAAGAUGUUGUUGCAAGACUCGAAGAGCGAAGAAAGGUCAAGGGUGCCGCCUACUACGAACGCAAGAAGGUUGCCCGCAGACAACUCGCCGAGGCCCAGAAGUCUACGAGCGACUCAAAGGCGAAGCAGCAACUGGCCGAACUUGGCUACUAGACUUGCCACGCACCUGGAACUCAUCACAGGACCGACAAUCUCCACACCAACUUUCUCCUUCCGCCUCGACUGGUAUUUUGUUGAUCAUUCGAUAAGAAUACUCACUGGCAUUUGCACUUCUGGGCGGAGACUUUCAGCAUUGUGGUGGAAGGAGCGCGAGACUGGUUAUGGACGGUUGAGUCUGAGAUGAGGUGUGAGCAGAGCGACGUCUUAUUGCGGAGUUUUUUCCUUUUCGACCAUUUGAUCAACCCACAAAUCAAAACACACAACACAUUUCAAUCUCGAAAUCCCCCUUGUCGUUGAUCAGUUGUUAUCCAGCUUGAACGAACGGCAUCGAAGGGCCUUUUUCGACCUCGAUCGAUCAGAGGGUGAAGUCCCUGGGUGGGGUGGCGUGGUGACAUGAAGAUGCCAUGGAGACCAUGCUUGGUCAAGGGCAUGAGCACGUUCGGAAUGUGGUUGCAUUGAUCCUCCCUGGACUCGACUCAUGAGUUGGGCGAGCCAUGUUCAUGUUCUCACCCCAUUAAAAAAACAAUACAAUGAUGAAUAUCUGCCCAAUCUGA